CCCAGUAGGCGAGUUAGGGCAGAAUGUUGCAGUAGUGAGAGAGAUUGCAGCAUCUGCAGCAGCAGUCCCGAGCAAUGCAGGUGAGAGAGAAAAAAGCAAAGAAAGAGGAGGAGGAAGAGGAGGUGCAAGUCGAGGGAGAGUGAUAGAGAGCGAGAGAGAGAACGAGAGAGAGAGAGAGAAUGCGGGACUCUUGCAAAAAAAAAAAAAGACGCAUCUUCACUCGGUCCAUUACCGACAUCCCGUGCAGGAGCUGGCGAGGAUUAACGUGUAAUUGAUACCCAUUCCAGGAUAUCCCGCUUUAGCUCACCAAGAAAGAUGUUAAAUUAAUCUCGCCUCGUACUUACUUUAUUUUUUUAUAUCGUCAUCAUUGAAUAAAGUGGCAGUGGGAAGCACUCGCGUCUCCUUUCCAAGUUGUAAGAAUCCGAUGGCUUGGCACGUUGCUCCGCCACUGCGGGGAAAGCUAGCAGCCGGCUCUUAAGCAUGCUGGAUGUUUUUUCCCCCAUAUAAAUAUAUCAAUUGUUGAAGAGCCAAGUAAGAGUUGCAAUAGAAGUUGAAAAAGACAGGGGAAUAAAAGUCAGCAGUAAGAAGAAGAGCGACGGGAUACAGCAAGAACCCACACAGUGGUGUUCCCCACACCACUUAAGUCUGAAAAAAAGAGGAGCAGUAGACAGAGCCAUGCAAGGGCUUGGUGCAGUGCACUCCACAGCGCAAGCAGUCUUGAUGCUGCUGCAGCUGCUGAGUCAGCUACCAGGUGCACACUCCGCUCUCCGGUACCGGGUAGCGGAGGAGGGCCCCCCUGACGUCAAGAUAGGCAACGUGGCCGCAGACCUGGGCCUCACCGCCGGUACGGGCAGCGGAGAUGUCACCUUUGCCCUGGAGAGCGGCUCCGAGUUCUUCAAGAUUGACAAUGUAACUGGCGAGCUGACGACAGGUCCGAGGCGCAUCGACAGAGAGAAGCUGCCCCAGUGCCAGAUGAUUUUUGAUGAAAACGAGUGCUUCUUGGACUUUGAGGUGUCAGUGAUCGGGCCCCUGCAGAGCUGGGUGGACUUGUUUGAAGGCCGUGUGGUCAUAACUGACAUCAAUGACAACACUCCUUCCUUCCCCUCACCGGUUCUCCAGCUUUCUGUGGAGGAGAAUCGUCCAAUAGGGACUCUUUAUCUGCUGCCUACUGCCACAGAUAGGGAUUUUGGACGCAAUGGAAUCGACCGUUACGAGCUGAUACAAGAAGGUGCAACUGGGUCAACUUCAACAAGACGCGCAACAGGGGGAAACCCCAAUGGUAGAGUAGAUGGGCUUGGGGAUCGGAGGGGUAGGAGUGGAGAUAAUGGGGGAGGAGCUAGGAGCACAGUGUUUGAACUCCAAGUGGCAGAUAUACCAGAUGGUGAAAAACAACCUCAACUCAUUGUAAAAGGUACAUUGGACCGUGAGCAAAAAGACUCGUAUGAACUGAUCCUGCGAGUUCGAGAUGGAGGCAAUCCACCACGUUCAUCCCAAGCUCUGCUUCGUGUUUCCAUCACGGAUGUCAACGACAACAGCCCGCUGUUCGAAAGGUCCACGUAUGAGGCGGAAAUGGCAGAAAACGCACCUCCGGGAACGCCAGUCCUGCAGGUGAGGGCUUCGGACCGUGACAUCGGCGUGAAUGGGCAGGUGGAGUACGUCUUCGGAGCGGCCACAGAAUCUGUCAGACGCCUCCUAAGACUGGAUGAAGCCACAGGAUGGCUGAGUGUCCUUCACAGGAUUGACAGAGAAGAAGUGGCUCAGCUGAGGUUCACUGUCACAGCUCGGGACAGGGGUCAGCCACCGCGCACUGACCGCACCACGGUCAUUUUGGCGGUCCGCGAUGAAAACGACAAUGUCCCAGUUGUAGAGAUUCGAAAGAUUGGACGAAUCCCGGUUCGAGAUGGGGCUGCAUUGGUACCUGAGAACGUUCUGGUGGACACCCCGGUCGCUCUGGUCCAAGUGUCGGACCGAGACCAAGGAGAGAAUGGGGCUGUGACCUGUACUGUUGUUGGUGAUGUCCCAUUUACACUGAAGCCAGCUGGGGAAACAGUGCUUCCACCUUUACCUGCAGAUGAAGCGUUUGACAGGAACAAGAAAAAAUUCUUCCUGCAUACCUCAGCUUUGCUGGACUAUGAAGUCACUAAAGAAUACAGCGUCACCAUCGUAGCGGUCGAUUCUGGCAGCCCCAGUCUAUCCAGCAACAGUUCCUUGAUGGUGCGAGUGGUCGAUUAUAACGACCACCCUCCUAUCUUUUCCCAAAAUGUCGUGGAGGUCCACUUUGCAGAGAACAACUCCCCCAACGAGAGGGUCAUCACAGUGGUGGCCUCUGAUGCAGAUAGUGGCAAGAACGCAGAGUUAUCCUACUCCCUGGACCCUGCUGCUAGCGGACCAUUUUACAUAGAUGCAGAUAAUGGAGAUAUCCGUGCUACCGGUAUACUGGACAGAGAGCAAAGGGAGAGGUAUGAACUCAAAGUUAUUGUCAAGGACAAGGGCACCCCUCCUCUACAAGGCUCAGCAACUGUUGUUAUCCAGGUGACCGACCGCAAUGACAAUGCGCCAAAGUUUGUCCAGGAAGUGUUUACCUUUUACGUCAAAGAGAACCUGCUUGCCAACAGUCCAGUUGGCAUGGUCACCGUGACCGAUGCUGACGAAGGUGAGAAUGCGGAGCUCAGCCUCUUUGUAGAGAUGGAUGAUGAGGGAGAAGAGAGGACUGUCGGCGAAGGUGGUGCAAAAGAGCAAGAGGAGGUGUUUUCCAUCGAGAACAACACAGGCACAAUAUUCUCCUCGCUCUCAUUUGACCGUGAAAAACUGUCCACCUAUACCUUCCGUGUGAGGGCUGUCGAUGGAGGAGAGCCACGGAAAACCGCCACAGCCACCGUGUCGCUCUUUGUGACCGAUGAGAACGACAACGCCCCGUUCAUCACUUCUCCAGCCAAUGAGUCCUACACACUUCUUCCACCUGCUAGUAGCGCCCGCACUAUUGUCAGGACAGUGACAGCCACAGACUCAGACACAGGCCCGAAUGCUGACCUUCAAUACACCUUGGUUGGGGGGAAUCCCUUCAGACUCUUUGAGAUUGGACACUCUAACGGUGUGAUCACACUGGCAGAGCCGCUGGAGCGGCGCCACAGAGGUCUGCAUCGCCUGGUGGUUAGGGUGAAUGACAGCGGCACCCCCUCACUCUGCGCCACUGCCCUGGUUCACGUCUUCAUCAACGAGAGCUUGGUCAAUGCUUCGCUGGUGGACGCACAGGUGACCCGAAGCCUGCUCGCUCCACUAUCGCUGGACAUUGCAGGAGACCCAGACAGUGAUCGUGCAAUAGGCAAACAGCGCCUCAGUGUCGCCAUUGGUGUACUGGCUGGAGCCGCAGCCGUCAUCCUGGUAAUCCUCCUUGUAGUCACCGCCAGGCAAUGUGGCGCCCAAGGCAAGAAUGGCUAUGAAGCCGGUAAAAAGGAGCCAGAAGAAGAUUUCUUCAGUCCUUCAGGGGCUCAACCACAGGUCGGUCGCGGUGGAGGAUCCGAUCGAGGCCGCAAACCUCGGCGAGACAAGCGCAACGGUAGCGGUGGUGGUGUAGCGGCUGGAGGUGGGAAGUCAGACAGGUCACUCUACAGUGGCAUCGUCACUGUCAACGGGCUUCGCCGCCACGGCAAUGAUGAGGAGGAGGAGGAUAUGAGCAGUGCGAGCGAGCGCUUGGCAGCACGCUAUUGCGCCGUGGAUGGUGACCCCGGCAGCCCAAGGAUGGGCGGCGGUAGAAGACAUCAGUCAAGCCCGGAUUUGGCCAGACACUACAAGUCCAGCUCACCUCUCCCAGCCGUCAACCUCCAGCCUCACUCACCUCCAGCGGAGGGGAAGAAGCAUCAGGCAGUGCAGGAACUUCCACCCUCCAACACCUUUGUAGGCAGUGGGGGCUGCGUGGGUAGCACUGGUUCCAGCAGCAGCAGUAGCGGGGGCAGCGGGAAUGGAGACGCCAUGUCCUUGGGAUCGGACCAGUGCUCAGAGUAUGGCUGCCAGACUGGGAACAAGUAUAACAAGCAGGGGACCCUUCGCCGUGUGACCUUCUCAGUGGUGAGUCAGGCCCAGGAUGCUGGUUGCUAUGACAGCGGCCUGGAGGACUCGGAGACCCCCAGCAGCAAGAGUUCAUCAGGGCCACGCUUGGGAGUCCUGCCGCUGCCGGAGGAAGGUUACGAGCGCACCACACCAGAGGGUAGUGUGGGGGAGGAGGAACAUGUGGAGAAUGAUGCCAGGCAGCUGCCAGAUGUCGCCCUGACCGGAAAGUGUACCCGCGAGUGUGAUGAGUUCGGCCACUCGGACACGUGUUGGAUGCCAGUGCGCCCGUCGCCUCGCCAGCGCCAACGCCACGGCAGCGACCCCCCACGGCUUUCCACCUUUGCCCCCGGCGACGACAACAACAAUCUGCGUAGAAAUGACCACGAGAGCGACAGUGAGAGUGCGGGUAGUGUUGGGAGCUCAGAACCGGGGGUGGUCGUCCCCGGAGAAGGUCAGAGGUUACCCCUAGUCAACGGUGACCCUCUGGGUACCCUGGGAAGAGCGAACAAGAACAUGGGCGACCACAAUCGCAACCUUCUCAACCGGAAGAUGACAUCUGCGUCAUACGACACCUUCAGCAGUGCUGGCUUUGGGAGGCGCCAACAGGAAGAGGGAGGUGGGGAAGGAGGCCAAAACCCAACUGAGGUCAUACCUCUGACCCGGACUGGAGGGGACUACAAGACCACGUCCUGCCUCACUUUGUCACGCCGUGAAGUCUACCUGUGACCUCUUCAACCAUGCAGCAAUCGACCCGUCGCCACAUUUGAAGGACUUUUUAGAACGUGAAAAUGAUGGUUUCCCAAAAGUUGUACAUGCAUUCAGAACUUGUGGAUUCUAAUAUUUAUAGGCACUUAAACUUCAACGAGUGAUGCAUUAACUAUUUUCAGAGCUCCUGCCAGGAAUACUUUCUCUUUUAAAAAAAAAAAUGACAAGUGAAAGUUGCCUGCGGGCAAUGGUUCUAUUAUGUCCAUGUGGAGGAGGACGACUUCAUCUUUUCUUUAUUUUUUUUUCUACCUGAAUCUGAUGCAUGCCUGACCUUCUGCCACUGAGGCAACUGUGUGAAGAAAAACUGUGUAAAUCACCGUGCCGGAAAGGCUUCACUAUGAAACCUAACUUUCAAGACUCAACCAACAAACAUUCACUUUUAUAGAUAAGCAGAAAAAAAAAACAGACAAAGCUUACUGGAUGCAUUUUAACAAAGAAGUAUUAGGGUCUCAAUAAAACGAAAAAAUAUAUAUGCAUUUAUGACUAUAAAGACACAAUGUUACAAGAAUAAAGUAGCAUUUCUAACUCAUAAAUAGAGUCAGAAAGCUGCAAGGAAAAGGUUUUAAUGUCAUGAAAGGAAGGCUUUAAUAUUUUUUAAAUCAUUUUAAUGCUGAAAUUUACACCUUAUUCUGAAAACUGACAUUUUUUCUUAUAUUAUUGCAACUCUCUUUUCAUAACAUGAUAGUGUUUUGUUACAACAUAUUUCUUUUUUAUUUUGGUUUUGUCUUUAUUUAAAAUUUUGUCUUUUGUAAUUUUUUUUCUCAUUAUACCUUAUUCUUGUAAAAUUAGGACUACUAUUUUUGUCACCUAUAUUCUUUGGUUCAACAUUUUUUACUACAUUGACUUUAUUCUUGUUUGCGGGUAAUAUUUUUGUACUUUAUUCCCGUACAGUUUUUUCUCAUCAUAAGACUAUUUUCUUGUAACAUUACAUUUUUUAGUCUUGUAUUUUAUUCAUAAAUGAAAUUACAAAAUUGCAUUGUAUAAUUUCAUUAUUACAACUAUAGUAAUACCUUUAAUAAUAACGAUAAAAUGAUGACUAUUCCCCCAGUGCCAUUAUUUUAUUUCCCUUUGACUUUGACCCUAAUACUCCUUUGUACAAUUUAAGCCAGUUAGAUAAUACAAGGUUCACUUUCUUAAAAAAUGUACCAGUAGUCAAUUAGUUAGCCCUAUGUGGGUUACAUUAGUGUACAGUGUACCUUAAGGGACAAAAAUGGACACCAACUGUACUUCUGCUUCUUGUAUUGUACCAGAGAACAAGUGUACAGUUACAACACGAUCAUCUUAUGAUCCUUAAAGCAGGUACUCUUUUAAGAACAAGACUGAAACUAUGUAAUUUUUUUUUUCUAAUGUAACCACUCAGAACACAAGAGCAUAAAUAGUAUCACAGUGUGUUUGACAUAAUGCCUUCACACCCAGCCUGUAUGUAUAUAAAGUAUGCGUGCAUUGGAUAACAAAGCAGUGUUUCCAACUUACCUACAAGACCCAUGACCCUGCGUGUGCAUGAACACGCGCGCGCACACACACGCACACACACAUGCCUUUAGGCAGUACAGUAUACACAAAUCUGUACAUUGACACUGUAACAUAAAGACAAUAAUGGGCAUUCGCUUUCAUGCAGGGACAAGCACACUAACGCAUACAAACUGCUAUUUUAAACAUGCAAUGUAUUUAAAUAACAUUCAUCUCCAUUAAAAGAACAUCUAUUGUAUGUAACAUUAGACAAUAUGCAGAUUAAACAUAUUCGGCAUAAUGUAGGUAGGUCUCAUAGUGGGGAGGAAAAAAGCUGACGCUGCAUGAAAGAUAAUGCUAACUACUUUUUCCUCCUUUUUGGAAAAAAAAAACACGCCUAUUUGGUUACAUCUGUACUAUAACUUUGUGCUUAAGGGGCAAUGGAGAUAAAGAUGGCAGGAAGAGAGGUGACAUCUUUAAGUGGAGGUUGCACAAAACUUUUCCAAAAAUGCAGCACAUUCUGAAGCACUCCCCUGCUUCUGUGCAUGAACUCCUUCGCCCUUCCCACUUUUGAGGAGCGGCAGCUGCAGAUCGAGGCCAGCACAUCUUAAUUCCCAUCAUGAGAGUGCGGAUAGGGAUAAUAGGGUUAGCACGUCCCUCUGGUCUUAAUGAGUUCCUUUUAUGGCUCCUCUCUCCUCCCUUCAUCUUACACGGAUCUUAUUAUCAACGUCUCAAUAUGUGAAUGUAACCGCAAAUUGUCAGGAAGUGUGUUUCCUCAUUGUUCUGGUGCAGAUCAUGGGGGGAGGGGGGGGGGGGUCGUUGAAGGUUUUCUGCAGCAGCAGUUCCGAUUCCCGUGGAGGAUGACUUUAUGUGUACCCAUGUCCUGUAUAUACGCACCUUAACAAAUGUGUCAUGUACUCUCUACCUGGAUCUGUCUUUAUCUCCAUGUUUACUGAUGAACUUUAUUGGGGAUCAGCUUCUAAAACGAACUGCUGGAAUGGAUUCCCCCGAAAGGAAACUUUGUCAAGAGGCUCGUUAUAUCUGCUGUUUUAAGGCAGUUUCAUUAUUGCACCUUUCAAGGGAACUCACUGUAAAUGAAUCAGUGUGGGUGUGUAUCUCUUUUUUUUAUAAUAUACUGCACGUUUAAACAUGUUUCACUACUGCAAAAACAAGAAGGGGAGGCAGACUUAAUGAGGACAUUUUGCCAGAUUGUACAGUGGACUGAAGGAUUGCACCAGUAACCCCCCCCCCCCUUCUUGUGCUGUUAGUCUUAUACUAGAUAGCCAUGUACAGGCGACACACGACUGGACACCGUAAAGGACAAUGGCAUGCUUACGCUCUUCAAAUCUGCACUUAUGAUGAAAGGAAAAAAAAAAUACAUCGGAGGAAGGAUUCCUUUUCUUUUCUUAAGGGACUCACUCUGUUUUUUGCUCCCCCCUUCCUCUUAACGAUUUACUGAACUAAUUGCAUUUGCUAUGACAAGGGAGAAGAGGACCUGUCAGCACACGGUUUGGUUAUGAAGACAAAUCCUGUAAAAGUUUGAAUUUGACAUUAAAAACGUUGAACACUC